UACGUCUUUCUGGAAGUUCGAUGCCACCCCGAUUGUUGAACGAGCCACCGUGCCGUGCGUUUUGAGCUGUUUCGAGAGAGCUGGACAUCUGCUCUCCCGUCCCUUCUGCACCACUCUGGCUAGAAUAGUACGACUACCCGACGUCGGAUAUCCUAUAUCUGGAUGUAACUCACGAUAGAACGAUGAGCGUAUCUGGUACGGAGCAAAGUAACACGAACGGGUUGAUACCACCCGUCGCUAUCAGUGUUGCAGCACCGCCAGAAGACUUUCACCAUGUAGAGGUCAGCGCUGCGACCCUACCAACGAAGUUGUCCAAGGGGAAAGAGAAGGAAUGGACGGUCGUCGAUGAAAGAAAGCGACCGCUUCGGCUGUUGGAUCUGCCGGUCGACAUCCUCCAGGAAAUCAUUGAGAAUCUUCCCCAUACCAACGACCUGACCGCACUCGCACUCUGCCAUUCCGUCCUCCAUUCGUUAUGCAUACCGCAAAUCUACUCCCGCUUCGAUAUCGUCUGGCCGGACAGCCAGCCCAACAUCGAGCCCAGAAGCGGCGUCGAUGCGCUGACGUACGGACUGGCAACUCUGGUCAUGGCGGACGAUGCAUUCGGCGAAGCGCCACACCAAACCCAAUCGACGCAACCCACCCGGAUGGUCCGCGACCCAUAUGGCAACCUCGUGGAAAUCCCGGCCCCCCCCAAGCGACGGCGAGGGAACAACUAUGCGCAAUACACGAAGAAGUUUAGCCUGGGCGACGGCCCAGAAGAUUGGACGUCGGAGUAUCUCAUCACCAAGGAAUGCGGGAAAAUGCUGGGGACCCUCGUCGCGCUCGCCGUGGCUCGGAUGCGGAACCUGGAGGCGUUCAUCUGGGACAUGCCCACCGGGGUGCUUCGGGAUAUCUGGCUCGCCCUGUCGAGCCUGGCCGAUCGAAACGACGGGAAGGAUUGUCGGCUUGAGCGGGUGUGGAUCCGCUGGCACAACAACUUUCCUGCGACUGGCCUACCUCCGCCACCGCAAGUCAUGAAUCUUCCACCACCGCAAAACUCCAGCGUCCCGGUUGGCACAGGCCCCACGCAGAAUGCACUUCCAGUGCAGCAGACUCCUGUGCCAUUGGCGCAGGCGUCGCACAACUACGGAUACUUAGAUGACUUGGUCGAACACCCGACGUUCUCGAUCCUGCCGCCGUUAAAAUCCCUCACGGUCUUGGAUAUCGACGAACUGUCGUAUCUCGACGAGAUGUCUAUUCUCAUCGGCCGAAGCCAGAAUCAACUCAAGGAGCUUCGGGUCGGUGUCGCGAAGCAUGCCGUCUCGCGACACUGGGCAAGCGUGUGGGAAGGUGACGGCAUACAUCAAGUUGACCAUAGCACGACUUGGCAAUGCGAGCCUUCAUUGGGUUCAAUUGGCAAGGGAGUCGGGAUCCCCGAAAAGCGACUCGGUGGGGUUCUCGGAGUGUUGGUGGGACGCGUAUUCAACCUAAGAAACAACGAUGCAUUGUACGCCCAAGCGAAACGGGAGGAAUUUCCAAAUGAGAUGGCAGCCCUAGCGAAAUUCAAGUCCUUAGCCAAGAAGCUGGGCUUCGAGGAAAGCAUCCAGAAGACGACCAAGGUUCCAGAGGCCAGCAUGCAUAGCGCGGCCAGCUCCACAGGCUCCUCGUCUUCGAGCAACACCUUCUUGCAAUCAAUAUCCAAGUUCAUCAAGCAGAGUACCGAAGACGGCUCAAGCGACGCAAGCGCAACUCUGGAUGCGCUGCGGGAAUUCUACCGCGCCGCAACAAAUGCUGGAGUUGCGGAUCAAGUCGCUCUGGAAAGAAGUUUGCUAUCGAGAAUCUCCGGUCCUUGUUUGAACAACUCCCUCAAGCUUGAAAUACUUGAGCUGGAAAGGGUUUCGAUCAGCUUAACGGUCGUACAGAAGGCGAUUGACUGGAGUACCUUGACAAGUCUGACGCUCCUCAAUUGCCAGGGCCAUGAAAAUCUGUUUAAAGCUUUAAGACGUCAUUUCACACCAACCCGAUCAAGGCUGUCGUCACCCGACCCAUUCACUGGAACUGGUGGAGGAAAUGGUACUACAAGAAGUGGUCCCUAUCAGCGAAGUUCCGCUUCUUCGAACGCAUUCUCGUUCCGCGCUGAUGGUGAUUCAUCGCCAUCUGACUACCCCCUAAACAUCAAACGCAUCCACUGCAACACCGUAACCGCCGCGCUUCUCUCUUUCAUCCGCGAUACCCUGGCCCCCAACUCCCUCGAAGUUCUCUUCCUACAAGACUCUCGCCACUAUAACUCCUCCGUUCCCUUCAUCCCCAUCUUCACCGCCAUCCGCCGACACGCUCGCUCCCUUCGUAAGCUUCUCAUUGACUCUUCCGACCAAUCCUCGGACGAUGGACACAUUCCCAUGCAGCACAAUGUGCCAAACCCGCCACCUCCAGCGAUCCCUCCACCAGCGGUCGGCCCUCCCGUUCAUCAGCAUGGCCCUGGCGUGGUCGUCCAAAUCAAUGUCCCCGCAAACCAGCAUGUUGCCGUAAACGCGCCGCCUGCGAUUCCGCCUCAAGCAGCCAUUCCACAUCCUGGGAACCAACAGUUCCGUCGUUGGUUGCUGCCUCGUCGAUUCCUGUCCUACAUGACUUCCGGCGCGAUGUCCAACCUCCGCGAGUUUGGCGGUUGCAUAGAUUAUGGCGAUUGGCACCUUUUCCUUCAGCGCUUACCUGGUCUCAAAGGCCUACGUAGCCUGUACGUACCGCAUAUUGCUGACCAUCCGGCCGGGCCCGGAAUCGAUGGACGUGAGCUAGCAAUGCAGGUUCUGGACGUUGUGGCUCUCAGACCGGAGGUCGAGAUCGUAUUCGUCGGCAUUGCGAACAAGUGCUUCGAGGUGCUAGAGGAGAAGACUCCGGUUCCACAUCCUCCGGCGGGACCGCCGCGCGACACUAUACCUGGGCAAUCAGAGGGCAGUGGGAAGACGUCCAAGGACUUUAGCUCCACCAACGCAGAGGAAGCCGUUGGCGGGGCGAGCAACAAUGUCGGCGUAGGCCAUACCCCUCCUAUCGCCCAUAAUGCGACAGAGUCAUCAUCGGGUCCAUCUAAUGGCGCCGUUGUUACUCCGCCUCCCGCCUCGGAUGUAUCGGGCACGGAAUCGGACAGCGCGGAUGACAUGGAGACUGAGGAUGAAGACGAGGAGACAGCCGAUGACAACGAGCAGGAGCUGGACAUUGACUAUGAUGCGCUUGACGGUGUCGGUGCCGAUGGCCUGGGGUAUGUGCACCGGAGCGACGAGGAGUGGGACGAGUUCGAUGAAGAUUGGGACUAUAGCGAGGGGAAGGGACGGCUCAGACUGAGGCUUAGAGAGAUCCUAUAUUACGAUGAUAAGGUGGCCAUAUUCCGGGCCAGACAUGCGAAGCUGUGAGGGUUCAAUUGGGUCGGAUCCGAACUCUUGAAACCCCGAAAAGAGACAAGAGGC